AAGUACACCGAGUACAGCGGCGCACUCAAGCAGCACACACACCACAGCAGCCUCGACGAGAAGGAGGGAACUGUGCAAGCUGCGGGGAGAACCACGAGAGGAGGACCUGUCGUUUCCGCAACGCAGAGUGCAGGCAGUGCAGAAAAUUGGGACACAUCGCCCGGGUGUGUCAGGCUCGACUCACCCGUCGACAAGCAUCAGAUGACCGACCCAGGAGCCCCAGGUCACACGGCACCAUGCACCAAGGCAACUCGACGGAGAUCACGGACUACCAGGUAUUCCAGUUGCCCCAUCCCAGCACAGAGAAAAUUUAUAUAGAGGUACAGAUAGAGGGAGCCCCAUGCCGCAUGGAGCUGGACACGGGUUCAACUCUAUCCAUAAUCUCGGCCCGAACAUUAAGGGAACUGUGCCCUAAUGGGGGUCCCAAACUAAGGCCGGCCCCAUUCACCCUCCGGGACUUCCAGAAACGUAAGGUCCCUACAAUGGGGGUGGGGACCUUCAGGGUGCAAUAUCGAGGGCGAAAGCAACAAUUGGACUUGCUGGUAGUUAAGGGCCCCUACGUUAGCUUAUUGGGACUGGCAUGGUUUGGACCUCUGGGGCUAGCCGUUACCGGGGUGAACCGCACUAGCUUACAAGUGGACGUGGACGCCAUAUGCAAAGAGUUUCCAGGGGUUUUCGAUGGGGCAUUGGGACGAUAUACAGGACCCCCCAUUGCCCUACAGCUAGACCCCGCUGUACGACCCAUCAGGCACAAGGCCCGCCGGGUCCCGUUCGCCCUGAAACCCCGCAUAGACGAGGAAUUGGACCGGCUCGUGGAGCAAGGAGUGCUGGAGCCGGUGCCCAACGCCCCCUGGGAAACUCCAAUUGUCACACCCGUCAAGCCUAACGGUUCGGUCCGCAUCUGUGCAGACUACAAAUGCACCAUAAACAAGGCUCUCACGGCCCAUGCAUACCCAGUGCCAGUGGUCAGCCAUGUCCUCGCCACCCUGGCUGGGUCAAAAAUCUUUGGCAAACUGGACUUGGCCCAAGCGUAUCAACAGUUGCCUGUGGACGAAGCCACAGCAGAGGCUCAGACGAUUGUGACGCACAGAGGGGCAUUCAGAGUAAAGCGGCUGCAAUUUGGCGUUAGCGUGGCACCAGGCAUAUUCCAGAAUCUAAUGGACUCUCUCCUUAAAGGGAUUCCUGGCGUCACCCCCUUCUUCGAUGAUGUACUGAUCGCCGGGCCCACACCAGAGGAAUUUGAGGACCGCCUCCGCUCCGUCCUGCACCGUUUCCAGACGGCGGGCCUCAAGGUGAAGCGGGAAAAGUGUUUACUGGGAGUGCCGCAGGUGGACUUUCUGGGAUUUAAGGUGGACGCAGAAGGGGUCCAUCCAACCGGUGACAAGGUACGGGCCAUUUGUGAGGCCCCAGCGCCCAAGAGCAAGCCCGAACUUCAGUCAUUCUUGGGACUAUUGAACUUUUACCAUGCCUUCCUUCCCCAUAAGGCAGCGGUAGCGGAGCCCCUACACAGACUCCUAGAUAAAAGGGCCCCUUGGGUGUGGGGCCAGCGACAAAGGGCCGCAUUCCAGGCAGUCAAGGACUUGCUCGUCUCGAACUCGGUCUUGGCACACUUCGACGAGAGGCUGCCAGUGGUGCUGGCAUGCGACGCCUCUCCCUAUGGCAUCGGCGCUGUCCUGGGACACCAACUCCCGGAUGGAAGAGAGGUGCCGGUGGCAUACUUCUCCCAGACACUUGCUGCAGCCGAACGAAACUACUCACAGAUUGACAAGGAGGGUCUGGCAAUCGUGAAGGGCGUAAAAAAAUUCCAUGAUUUCUUGUACGGGCGGCCCUUUACCAUAGUGACUGACCACAAGCCGUUGCUUGGCCUGUUUGCCCCCGAGAAGCAGACCCCCCAAGUGUUGUCUCCACGUGUCCUCAGGUGGUCAAUUUUCCUUGCCGGCUACCAGUAUGCACUAAUCCACCGCCCUGGGAAGGCGAUGGGCCACGCAGACGCCCUCAGCAGGCUACCACUACCAGAAACAGGCCCCGACCCAGCGCCUGCGCAAGAGGUUAUGACCCUGGAGCUGCUUCCCGACCGACCCAUUCAGGCACAAGAAGUUGCGCACCAUUCCACAAAAGAUAGGGUCAUCUCCCGGGUCCUGGACUGGGUGUGGCGAGGAUGGCCCAGCAGCAGCCCCGGGCCAGAAUUCGCUGGCUACACAAACCGCAAACAUGAACUGUCGGCCCACAAAGGGUGCCUGUUAUGGGGAAGCAGGGUUGUUGUUCCCCAGCCCCUCCGCAAAAGGGUCCUCACAGCCCUACACGAGACACACCCAGGGGUAGUGAGGAUGAAGGCCCUUGCCAGGAGUUAUGUGUGGUGGCCGGGGAUUGACAGAGAGAUAGAGGCCUGGGUCCAACACUGCCAGACCUGCCAAGAAUCCCGCCCGGAUCCCCCAAGGGCCCCAGUCCAGCCCUGGGAGUCCGCCCGACAACCAUGGUCACGCUUGCACGUGGACUUCGCUGGCCCCUUCCAGGAAAAAACAUUCUUCAUAGUGGUGGAUUCCUACACCAAAUGGCUGGAGGUCGCACUGGUACCGUCCACUUCUACGGCGGCAGCCAUCCGGGUACUACGUAAGCUGUUUGCAACCCACGGGCUCCCUGACACCCUCGUCUCGGACAAUGGAACCGCAUUCACGUCAGAGGAGUUCCAGACCUUCACAGCGCAGAACGCCAUCCGCCACAUCCGCUCAGCACCAUUCCACCCUGCCACCAAUGGCCAAGCGGAGCGCAUGGUGCGGACCACCAAGGACAGCCUCCGCCGCAUGACACAAGGGGACUGGGAAUACCGCCUUGCCGCAUUUCUUCUAGCACAGCACAGCACCCCAAGCACAACGACGGGCCGGAGCCCAGCUGAACUACUAAUGGGCCGGCGCCUUGCAACUAGACUGGACCGACUUCACCCCGACAGAGCUCAGGAUGAGGUAGUGGUGGGGAAAGGCAGGAACUCCCGGACAUUUGUGGCCCAGGACCCAGUGUAUGCGAAGAAUUUUGGGGCAGGCCCAGCAUGGGUACCCGCC